AUGAAGUUUGGACAAAACCUACCUCGCAAUCAGGUGCCCGAGUGGGCAUCUGCAUACAUCAACUACAAAGGCCUCAAGAAGUUGAUCAAGGCCGCCAAUCAGCAAAGUGCCGAGACUGGCGGCGAGGUCGAUCUUGCAGAGUUCUUCUUCGCGCUGGAUCGCAACCUCGAAGACGUCGAUAGCUUCUACAACAGAAAACACGCCGAAUUCGCUCGCCGCCUGAGACUACUCUACGAUCGCUAUGGACAAAACACUCAGCCACAGGAUGGCAUGGACAAGGAAGAGAUGGAAGAUUUGAUGGGCGCAUUGCUCGAGCUCAGAGGACAAUACCGCAAUCUCAUCUGGUUUGGUGAAGUCAACCGUAGAGGUUUCGUCAAGAUCACAAAGAAACUCGACAAGAAGAUAGAGUCUUCUCACUCGCAGAACACAUACCUGGCUGCUAAGCUCGAACCCAAGGCCUUUGCAAACAACCGCAGAACCGAGGCGGACAUGCGCGCCAUUAACGACUGGCUCUCGAAUUUGGGCGAUGUCAAGGUCUUUGAUGACAAUGCCUCAAUCGCCUCGACUGGUUCGCUGCAUCGCGCCUCGUCUAAGAAGGGUAUGCGUGUGCCUUCAGCCGUGCUGGACACUCUGGAACACAAUGUCCGUCAGGACAAUCUGCCCGAGCUGCAAGAGACAAUCUCGACUUCUGUCAAGGAUCUGCCGCCUUCUAUUGUUCAGAAACUGAUGCUCAAUCUCUUGCAGCGAGCCAUCUCUGCCAAGUCGCUCGACUGUAUCAAGUAUCUGCUGUCACAAAUUUCCACUCUUACCGAGGAUGAUGACAUGAAUAAGAGAAAUGUCAUCCACCGCCUGGUAAUCGCGACCGGUCGUGCAAGAGCACUUGAAGAGAAUGGCCCAGCUGCAGUUCCCAUUGGUGCGGAGGCCAACUCCUUCAUCAAUGCAGCAGAGCUUCCGGUUCGUAUUCCGUCAUCAUUCAAGGUCCAGGAGAAGGAUGUAGCCCAGACGCUUGGGCAAGAAGAUCCUGCCGUCAAGCUCCUGACUUAUGUUUUGUCGAAUCUCUCGGCUGAGCAGAGGGCGGUCCUGAAAGAGAAGGAUACAUAUGGUCGCCUCCCUCUUCACUAUGCCGCACAGUAUGGUCUGGUAGCUGCAUCUCAAGUCAUCAUCAAGUACAUGCGAGCUUGGGGUCAGUUUGAUGUGAGCAAAGGUAUUGAUUCUGAUAUCUGGCAAGAUGCUGAGGGUUACGCUCCUCUGCAUCUCAGUGUCAUUGGUGGUCAUUACAGAACCACAAAGGCUUUACUCAUGGCUGAAGACUGGCAUGGCGAGGCUGAGGACAGUCAUGCCGUGAGACGCAAUGUUGAAAAGUCGGGUGCUGCACUGGCUCUGGCGACAAAGAGCAACUUCUACAUGAUUGUCAAAUUGCUGGUCGACGCAGGCAUCAACAUCAACUAUCAGGACGAGCAGGGCGAGACAUCUUUGCAUAUUGCCGCCCGAUUCGGCUUUGUUGAGUGCACAAAGUCUCUACUCGAAGGUUCGGAAACCCAGAAGGCCAAUAUUGAGAUCAUCGAGAACACAUACGGUUGGACGCCACUUUUCAUAGCCUGUGUUGAUGGCCAUCUUCCUGUUGUGAAUCUGCUAAUCGAGGCUGGCGCCGAGACGAACAAGGCCGAUUUAUCAGGCUGGUUGCCUAUUGAGCAUGCUGCUCUAAGAGGUCAUCUCGACGUCUCAAAGAAGCUGGCUGACCUCAGUCCGACUCCCGAAAACCUCGAUGCACCCUCUCCACACCUCAGACCUGGCAGUGCUCUAGGUACAUCACCAAAGAAUAAUUCCUCCAUCGAGGAUCGACGAUCGAAUGUUCCUCAGGGCCGUGAUGCUCCUCGUAUACCAGAGCCUGUCAAGACUUUCGGUCACAGAUACCUUACAGAUGAGUCCUUGGUGCUCGUCAGUCUUGGCUCUAUGGACAACCGUAAGAACGUUCCUGCCGUCACUCUCGACAACAUUCCUCUUGCAGAUGCACAUGCUACCCAGCUAGACACUGCUCUGUCCCUAGUUGUGGCCGCAUCGGGAGCUAAUGGAGAACCAACAAUCGUCGAUCUGCCUGUUCAGGAGAACAUCAGCACUUCGCCUAUCACAUUCAAGACUCGUGACCCGACCAAAGUCAGACUUCUCUUCGACAUUGUUCCAACAUAUUCUGGUUCAAAAGACAAGAUUGUCGGUCGUGGUGUGGCUCUGCUUUCUAGUAUCAAGCCCAGCAUUGGCUCCAAGCGCAUGUUACUUCAGGGCGAUCUGAGUGUGCCUAUCGUUGCUGCAGAGACAUUGGAUGUAAUUGGCUCUGUCAACUUCAACUUCUUGAUCAUCACACCGUUCCAGCAUCCCAACAUGCACAUUGCUGAGAAUCAGACUUAUUGGAAGAGCACUUCGACACAGGUCAUUGGUCACCGUGGAUUGGGCAAGAACAUGGCAUCCAUGAAGUCUUUGCAACUGGGAGAGAACACUCUUCAGUCAUUCAUUGCGGCCGCCAACUUGGGAGCCUCUUACGUCGAGUUUGAUGUCCAACUCACCAAGGACCACGUUCCUGUCAUUUACCACGACUUCCUGGUCAGCGAGACGGGUAUCGAUGCACCGGUUCAUACUUUGACCCUGGAGCAAUUCAUGCAUGCAAGCGAAGGUCAAACACCAAGAAGCUCACGCCCGCCAUCACCAAAGAGAAGUCACCUCGACGGCGUAGUAGAGCAAUCACGAAAACAACGGUCCUACUCCCUCGGCGGCGCCCAAGACGAACGCGCCCCCGACAUGUCCGAGCGCAUGAAACACACACGCGAUUUCAAAGAAAAGGGCUUCAAAGGCAACAGUCGCGGAAACUUUAUCCAAGCACCAUUCACCACGCUCGAAGAAAUGUUCAAAACGCUGCCAUCGUCCAUUGGCUUCAACAUUGAAAUGAAAUAUCCCAUGCUCUUUGAAUCUGAAGAACACGAUAUGGAUACCUAUGCCGUGGAACUCAACUCCUUCGUCGACACCGUGCUUACCAAAGUCUAUGAUCUGGGUACGGGAAGGAAUAUGCUGUUUUCCUCCUUCAACCCUGAUAUCUGCCUCUUGCUGUCAUUCAAACAACCCUCCAUCCCCAUCCUCUUCCUCAGCGACGCCGGCACCUCCCCCGUCGGCGAUAUUCGCGCUUCUUCUCUUCAAGAAGCCAUUCGCUUUUCCUCGCGCUGGAAUUUACUCGGUGUGGUCAGUGCUGCUGAGCCGCUUGUCACAUGCCCUAGACUCAUCAGAGUGGUCAAGGAAAGUGGCUUAGUGUGUGUUAGUUAUGGCACAUUGAACAACCAGCCGGAAAUGGUUGCUAGACAGGCUAAAGAGGGGAUUGAUGCCGUGAUUGUGGAUUCGGUGCUCGCGAUCAGGAAGGAGUUGACGGCUGCUCAGCAGAAAGGGAUGCAGAAUGGGAAGCCGCAGCAGAUGAAUGGGGAGCAAGGGCAGGGACAGCAGCAGGGACAAGGGCCUAUUAUUGAGGUUCCGCAGAUCAGGACUACUGCUCAGACUAAUGGGGGCAGUAAUGGACAUGCUCAUUGA